GAGACAAAAAAGCUUCAGUAAAGCAAAGGAAAGUUUUGACACUCAGACGUGUGUUAAAGAACUAGCAAAUAGCUUCAAAGAAGCACCGAAGACGAGGUUCUCGAAAGUUUUCCAAGAAAGCAACUCAUAUCACUCGUUCUUUGACUGUGAGUUUGCUUUCUCGUCCACAAACAUAACACAUCAACUGACUUCAUUGCAGAAGGUCGUACUCAUAUCCUCAUCUCGAGCCUACCAAACACGAUCCUACACUCCGAACCCUUCGAAAACUCAACCGUCGUUACGAGAAGACACAUAUCGUAACUCCCAACUGUCGUUACGAAAAGUCAUCAAACAAGAUGUCGACCUUCGGCGAACAGGUCUUUUUUUACGGGAAGGGCAUCGACCCCUUUCUCUCAUCCGGCCUCAACAUGUUCACCAUCUUCGACCUAACAAUAGAGAGCACCUUCGUCUUUGCCAUCGUGAUACUCAGCGCCUAUCUCAUCGAUAACAUGGCAGAGCUAGCACCCUGGAUUGUCUUUAUGACCAAAAAAUCCAUCUUCUCGCCCGCUCGCACCCUGCUACGCGGCACCCGCUGGGCCCUCACACAGCUUUCCACUCGGGAAUCCCGCCAGAACCUCUACCACUGGUGUUACGCGAGCGCCCGCAAACGAGUCCUCAACUUCCGUUCAAUCCAUCUCCUAUCUCUCGCGGCCCUCUGGUUCAUCCCCUCCGAGAACCCCAUCGUCACGAUCGUGAUGUUCUGGGUGAUGAUCCUCGGGGCGAAAGAAAUCCACAUCUCGGUUCUAGUCCCCUCCUACUAUUACCUCACAGGCGUGACCGCAGGACUGAGUCCUACGGGGCUGGAGCAGUACGAAGACUGCCUUGCCUAUAUCGCACGCAGCGGACUGCCGGUUCGCUGGGGCAGUCGGCAGCACCAGGCGAGCUACCGCUGCACGGGCGUCGGGGCUGGUUUGGAGUUGAUUGAGACGCUCAAGGACAAUGAUCGGAGACUGCCGCCCCUGGAGCACGAGAUCCCGCACGUCCAUAUCGUUGCUGUCAUCGCGGGGCUCAUUCUGACGAUCUAUGUCGCCGUGUGGUUCAUGUUUACUCUUCCCGGCAUGGUGGCCGCUAGUGGUGUGGGUAAGCUGCAGACUGGUGUGAAGGAGCAGCGCGAGUCGCAUCUUAGGGACAUGCUCAAGGCUAGCGAGGCCGCGAACGAGCAGCUACGUGCGCUUCUGGAUAUUAAGGAUGAGGAGUUCAGGACCAUGAAGCUGCGCCUGGAGGAGGAUGCUCGUCGCCAGGAAGAGAGUGCCCGUCGGCAGGCGACUUUUAUCGAUCGUCGAGUUGAUAGUGCUGUUCGGCAGGGGCAGAAUGACCAGCUCGCCUCUAUGGAUGCAUUGAGGAAGAAGAUUGUUGAAGUGGAGAACAAACUCACCACGAAAGAAGCUCAGGCGCAUGCCACUGAUGAUCUCGGUUUGGUGCGAGAGCGACUCAUGCAAGACCGUAUCAAGCGGCUGGAGACGCAGCUGGCCCGCACUGAGGAACAGACCGCCACCACCGAGACCGGGAAGGAACUCCAGACUGUCAAGAAGAAACUCCGGGCUCGUAACAACGAGAUACAAACUCUUACGGCUAAGCUUGUCGCCGCGGAGAAUUGUCUGGUCGCCGCAGAGGAAAAUAGUCGCCGUGGUGACCUUGAACACGAAUCCCUCAAAGGGGAACUUCAGCUGCGCACCGAUAAGUUGUCGGCCAUAGAGGAGCGUCUGGCCGCCGCUGAGCUUCACCAGAAGGGCGAAGCGGAACGCGAACACAUCAUCAUCACCCAGGAUCAGAAGAUCCAGACACUCCGAGAUGAACUUUCGGCUCGUACCAACGAGCUGCAGACUUCUACUCAGAAGCUUAGCACCGUCGAAGCACGCUUGAACACCGCGGAGGACACUGCCCAGCAGGCUAAAACUGAAAUGCAGAAGAUUAGCAAUCAGGCCCAAGCCCAGGAGCUACAGAAACUCAGGGACGCGCUACGCACUCGCACUCACGAACUAGAGACUUGUACCGAGAAGCUCAACACCGCCGAGGCAAGCUUCAGCGCCGCAAGCGAAACUACUCAACAGGCUGUGGCUAACGUCCAGAAAUCUCACCAACAGGAGUUGAGCUCACUCAAGGAAGCGCUCCGAGAACGUGCCACUGAAAUUCAGGCGUACACCGACAGCCUUGCCGACGUCCAGGCGCGCCUCGCCACCGCUGAGGAAUUAAAUCGACAGGCGUCAAUCGAACAACGGGACACUCGUAACCAGGACCAAGAAAAGGAGCUGCAGUCGGCCAAGGCCGCGUUGCAAGCACGCAAUAGCGAAGUCCAGGCGUAUGCCGACAGACUGGCCGAGGUUGAGGCACGCCUGGCUACGGCCAACGAUCACAAUCUCCAGAGCGAAACCGAACAUCGAAACCUCCUCGCGCAGAAUCGGGAACUCCACGCUCAAAGCCAAAAGCUACACUCGCAGAACCAGGACCUUCAGGCCCAGCACCAGCAGAUUGCUGCGGAGUAUGAGGCUUUACGCAUUUCACAUGAAGCAGCCCUCCACCAGCCCAACCUGCCACUCGAAACCAUGCGACUAGAACGCGACGCUGCGAUCGAGAAGUGCAACGCCCUUGACGAAGAGCUGAUGAAGGCUUUGCUGGUAGCAGACUUGCUGAAGGCUGACGAGCAACUAGACCUAAAAGAAUGCCAGCAGGCGCUGGAGGAGGAGCGGCGCAGCGCAGCAAACUCUCUCCAAUCGAUGCAGGAGCUCAAAGUCGCGUGCGACAUGACCAUCGCACAGGAGCGUUCCGAAGCGGAACAAGCACGCACCAAGGCUUUUCUCAUUGAGGAUAAGAUGAGAGACAUCCAAGAUCAGCUCAAGGAGGUCAAGGAGGAGAACCGUACCCUCCAGGUCAAGGUCUCGAUGGCAAUGGGGGAUGCGCAAGGCAGCCACGAGCGCGCUGAAAAGGCAAAAAGGAUCAACAAGAUCCUAGAAGCCCGCCUCUCGCAGUGGGAAGACAAGGCAAGAGACGAACAGAGUUUCGUCAAACGGCAAACGGCAGACGUGGGGUCCGUCACCACCGCCCUCCAACAAUGCCAGGUCAAGGUCUCCGAGCAGCAAACGCGCAUCCAAGAGCUCACCGAAAAGCUCGAGAAAGCCAAGACAGAGAGGCCCAUCGGCGAGGUGGAGCAGAAGCUCCGUGACGACUUCUCGAUGAUGAAGUCGAUGUUGGACCGGGAGAAGAGGGCGCACAUGGAGGACCAGAUCCGUCUGUGCAAGGAGAAAAACGACCUGGAGGAGGAGGUCCGCAAGCUGCGCAUCAGCAUAUCGAAUGCGCGGACGGAGCGUCAUGCUCCCAUGCGCAAGGCGGCGGCUCCUUCUCCGGGUCGUUUUUCUCCUUGCGAGAUGGAUGAGUGCGCUGAUUGAGGGGGAGGAGGAGGAGAGGAGGGGGAGUGGGUGGGGGGAGUUCGUGCCGGGUGUUGUGUGUGUUUGAGUAUCUUGGAGAAGUAGGG